GCGGCGCUCAGUGCGUUGCUCGAGGGGAGCUCAAUCUACGACGCGUCGGGCUCCCCGAGGAACCUGGCCUCCUUGGUCCGCGACCGCGUGCCCGUGCCCCCUUCGAUUGUCGGCUGCCGCCAGGUGGAAGACAUGGUGGGCGAGGCUGGUCGCACUUACUUGGAGGAGAAUCACAAGCGCAUGAGGGGGCCGAUCCACGAGAUCGAUUUUGACAACUUGCCGACUCCGUAUUUUGACCCGCUUCUGAAGCGGAACGAGAAGAAGUACCGCAGUUGUUUCAAGGAUCUCACGUCACGAGGUCUCCCGUUGGCAACUUUGACGCCUCCUGAGCAGGCUGGCCUUUUUAUCCGAGAAAAGUCUGACGGGCACAAGAUGCGCAUGAUAGUGGGCGCCCGCCGUGCCAACGCUUGGUUCUACGCGCCGCCCAGCGCGCAGCUCCUCUCCUGCGAGGGCUUCGGGCGCGCGGAGGUGAGGCCCCCCGAGGGAGUGGCCAUGAACUCCGCCCGCGCGGAGGAGCUGCUGGGCAAGUUCAGGUUCUUUCUGGGGAUGACGGACGUUAAGGAGUGCUUCUACAGCAUGCGCAUCCCCCUGAGCCUGGCGAAGUUAUCCUCGCUGCCGGCCGCGCCCGCCCACGCCCUAGGGCUCGCGGGCCAGGAGCUCGAGGGGGCUCGACUGGGACCGGACACCCUGGUCUUUCCGUGCAUCGGCGCGCCCCCCACGGGCUCCUCGCGGUCGCUCUUCCUGGCGCAGGAUGCCAACGAGGAGAGAGUGGUUAGCUCGAACCCUUGGCCAGGAGGAGAUAUGACGAUCUCCGAGAGGCUGCUCGUGAGCGACCGAGGGCCCCCGCUGGUCAUGGACUUCGAACCUGGCAUCGUGGGGGGGGCCUACGCGCACGUCGACAACCUAGGCGCCAUCACCCCGUCGGAGACCAUCGCGCAGGAGGCUCCGGGGGCCAAGCUGGACCUCGAGCUGAUGAGGUCGGGCGUGAGCGACGGCCGCUUCUGGACGGUGUACAUGGGGCUGGGGGGCCUGCUGGCGCGCGGCCGCGCGACGGAGCGAGCCCUGGAGAUGGUGCUCGGCCACUGCACCUUCUGCGGGCUGGCUCUGCGGGGCUCGUUGCGCUGCCGGCACGCCUCCGACCGCUUCAUCCAGCGGCACCGCCUCGAGCCCGCUCGCCUGUGGCCCGAAGUCGCGAAGGAGGUGAAGAUGUUCCGCGGCCUGCUCGUGCUGAUGGUGCAGGACUGGCGGCGCCCGUGGAACAGCUGCGUGCUCCAGACCGACGCCAGCGAGAGCGGCUGGGGCAUGGCGCAGUCGUUCUGGCCGCUCCGCGUGGUGGGGGAGGUCGGGAGGCUGCCCGAGCGGGCCCGCUUCCGCUCCGCGCAGGGAAGGCCUGCGCGAGAGAGCGCGCUCGCAGCCGUCAGCCUGGUCCAGGAUAGCUCGGGGGUGAUCCGCAGCGUCGAGAGCGUGAUAAAUGAGGAGUCCUCGGAGCCCGAUGCUUUGUCCGCCUGGGACGUUGAUCCUGACUUUGCCGAAGUCCCCUGGGAGUGGGCUGCGCGGAAGGAGCGGCACUUCUCGGCGCUGGACGACAGGGACGCCAACGGGCAGGACCUCGCUGGAGACGGAGGGGAGGCCGCCGAGGGCGACAGCAGCUCCAGCGGCUCCGACUCGGUGAUCGAGCACCUGGGGCGCGGCCGCGCGCGGAUGCGGCAGCUGCGCGCUCGGAGUGCGCAGAGGCGAGCGAAGCUGCACGCCGACGCGAUCCUUGCUGCUCAGGAAGCGGGAGUGAGCCUCUUGGAGACCUUGGCCGCGACGCGGCCGACGCAGGUGAAGCACCAGCGUUACCUCGAUCUCUUCCACUCGCGCGUCGGCCUGAAGCGGGAGGACAUCGUCGCGAAGGCCGACGCAGAGAUCGACGAGCUGUUUUGCAACUACUUGACCGAGAAUUACUUGCAGGGCGAGCAGAGCAGCCAUG